CAUGGCUGCAUCCGAGAGUCUCCAAACUGAGCCUCGAAGGUGUUCUUCCUUUGACACACAUGCAAUGCCACGUCAUUAACCUUCCUUUCGUUCCUCUACAUAUCACUUCCAUUCGUUCAGCAUGGCUAUCCAUCCCGUCUACCACAGCGAUAUGUAGACAGCCAUGCUGAAAGUCAGUGUGGCCAGCCAGAGUGAUCGGCUCCACACACAUGCACUCCGGCCCACCAGACGCCCACCCACCAGUCAGUUAGCCGAUUGCAAUCAGCUAUUCUACUUACAGCAAGUGUGUGUGUGCGUGUGUGCUUCCUCCACACCGCUGCCGGCAGAGCAGGCCAGCUAUGUGACAUCGAUACGCCGACCUGACGCCGCACACAUUGACAAAAGGCGGGUCUCUCCGCCACGUGCUGACCAGCUGAGUGCGGCAUGUUGGUACCUAUGUGCGUGUCUCGAUGCUCAGGCCGAUAUGUUGACGUAUGUGUCGUCUGCGUUUGGUGUAGGGGGCGUCGCUGAGCAGGCUGGUGACCACCACACUCCCACCACGAAACUGCGACUCCAGCUCAUCCCUCAACGACCGAGAUGGGCUGACGGCCACCGGGCGGAGACCGGGGGUUUGGAUGACGACCUGAGGCCACAUGACGGCGGCCUUGGGCACGGCGGGGCUGCGGAUGAUGGCCACAAGCAUCCCCAAGAGCCGUCCGAAGAAGUCGUCGACAGCCACACCAGGAGGCAGGUAGCCUAGAAAUUGCACAUCACACCAGGCAGACAGGCAGGCAGGCAGGCAGGCAGGGUCUUCCACUCCCCCAGUCUCGUGUGUGUAUGUCCCCUACCGAUCACAUGGACAGUGACCUCCUUGAUGGUCGGCAGGUCGUGGGUCGCCCACUCUUGCAACAGAUGCCGGCUGUGCUCGACGAUUCUCGACACCGACGUAGUAAUCGUCACUGAUUCGAACACCGUCUCCCCCUCACCGCCCCCCUCGCCCCCGCCCAGCUGGCCCUGCAACGCCUCGAGGAAUGAGACGGCCACACUGAAUGGCGCAUCAUCAAGAGCACGGAAGCGGAAAUGGCGGCAUUUGGGCAUCUGCUUGGCGACGGCCUGGGCGAGGCAGUCGAGGGUGUCCUGGGAGAGGGGAGCCCUGGCGUCAAUUUGGCUGGGGUCGCAUGCGAAUGUGCGGACGCGGGGGAAGAUGUUGGGGUCUGCAACUCCGUUGGUUGACGUCAGCUGUCCACCAUUGUACCACACCACGUCAGCUAUGGCGGCGAGCUUGCGCACGAUGUCUUGAACCUGAUGACAGACAGACAGCCACGACCACGCCAUGACCCGGUGCUGCGCUCUGUCGGUGGUCACCAGACGCACCUGCCGCGACUUGUCGACCAUCCACCCGAUCAGCGCUAGGUCCAUGUGACACUCGCCGCAGGGCUUGGUGACCGUCAGCUGCUCGAGGGCCUGUGGCUGCAUCACCGCCUCCACCAGUGACCCCACCUCAAGCAGCACCUCCUUGGUGAGACUGUCUGCACGAUCAAUGUAUGGAGCCCAAAAGUGCAGGUCGCGAAGGUGUUUGCGGCAGCCCCGACUGACGAGGGUCUCACGCAGCGCUGCCACCGUCCCGCUGCUAGCUCCUCGCAAAUCAAUGUGGCCGAUGGACUGGAGGCUGGGCAGGGAAGGGGCCUUGGACAACAGGCCUUGCUUGUCGCUCACGGAAGUGGUGUCCUCGUCGAGCUUCUCUAGGCGGCCGCAGGUCUCCACCCAUCUGGACGUCCCCUCCAGUCUGUGCAGGUCUAGGUGCAGGUCUCCAUCCCUGUAAAUCCACCCGAACGUCAGCACCCGCAGAUGCGGCGUGUGCCACACCCGCCCGCCGGUGCGGACGGCCGCAUACCGCCACGGCAU